UAGUACCUAGUCUCUUUUGGUCGAGCGUCUGGCAGCUGCAAGAGAAGAGAGAUCUUUUCAAAAUCCAGACACUGAAAUUAUAACAUAUUUCUUAGUGGAGAGUAGAGUAUAACGAUUUUUCUUCAAAAUGUCAGUGGCAUUCACUUCUGCAAGACGUCCAGAGCCCAGUUCGCAGUCUGUGCAAGAGCUUCUUGAUGAAAACACUCAACUAAUACAGGCCAUAGUUGAUUAUCAAAACAAAGGAAAAGCUUAUGAAUCAACACAGUAUCAGCAAUUAUUGCAUCGCAAUUUGGUGUACCUUGCGACGUUGGCAGACUCCAAUCAGACAGGCCAACCAUCCCAGGGUACUGGUUCCUCUGGACAAAAGCCUCUUGGCCUAGGCCCUACCUCGUCUGUAGGUCUUAUGCACCCACAGGGUCUCUCAUCAGGCGUUGGCAAUGUGAUGGGUGACAGAGGACCAACCAGUGUUGGUCAAUCAUCUAUGCUGCAGCCCUCAACCAAUGAAAUGCCCCAAACUCCAAUGAGCACAGCAGGAGCACCAUAUCCAGGCAUGAGCCCUACUCCUGUGAGUAGCUACGGCCAAGCGACGCCGCCUCCCCAGCUACAGCACCCUUCUGGGCCCAACCCUGGGCUUGGUUCCGCAGCAGGCUACCCACAGUCCUCUGGUGGGCAGAUACGGGGAGCAGGUCAGCCGGUUAUGGGUGGUCCCAUUGGAGGUUUGCCGCAGCAGCAACAGGCAGGGAUGCCUCGGCACCCUCCGCAGAUGAAGCAGCAGCCGGCACACAUGAUGGGUGGAAGUCAGCAGGCGUCACAGCAGUACAUAAUGCAGCAGCAACAGCAGAGGCAGAUGCAGUACAGGCAGACUAAUGCGCAGCAGGUCCCACAACAACAACAAAUGGCUGCAAAUCCAAAUAACUAUUCAUCACAGAGUGGAGCCAGCAUGAUGCAGGGCUACACACAGCCACAACAACAGCAACAGCAAUCACAACGAUACAUGUACCGACAAGCAACCCCUCAACAACCCCUCUCACACAUGCCCUACCCUCAACAGCAGAGCAACCCAAUGAGGAUGGGAGGACAGGCGAUGAAUAUGGGACAAAUGGGUAUGGGCGGGGCACCCCCCUCAGUAGGACAACAAACCAUGGGACCAUCAUUAAUGGCAGGACAAUCUCAAAUGGGACCAAGCCCCAUGGGGGGUAUGGGGCAGUCACCUAUAGCGUCUAGCCCUAUGGGACCAUCUUCUAUGGUUCAGUCGCCUAUGGGCUCCACACACUCGCCCAUGCAGUCUCCCAUGGGUCAGCCCCCAGUUUGAUUCAUUAACUCUCAAGUGAAUUCAAUGUGGUAAUAGGGUCAAACUUUUUUUGGUUGUGACUAAAUGUAUUAUCAGCUAG